AUGGUCAUGCUGAAUUAUGAAAAAUGUUACCAGGAGAUUAGUUAUGCAUCUGUCCAGGGGUACGUGAGACCUCCGGCCGUGGCAGCGGAGCGUCUCUGGCACGUGUGGAGCGAAAGUGAGGACUGCUUACCUUUUCUGCAGCUUGCACAGGACUACAUCUCCUCCUGUGGGAAAAAGACACUCCAUGAAAUAUUGGAAAAAGUCUUCAAAUCCUUCAGACCCUUACUUGGGCUUCCAGAUGUUGAUGAUGAUGCAUUUGAAGAAUAUAACGCAGAUGUGGAAGAAGAGGAGCCAGAAGCCGAUCACCAACAGAUGGGUGUCAGUCAGCAGUGA